AUGCUAAGCUCUGAGGAUACUUUUGUGAACUGGGCACAAUCUAAACUGCUUCAUAAAUUGGGCCACUUACCAUUGAGCCACGUGGCCAGUUCUUGUUAAGAGCUGGUUGAAAAUUGUGCUGUGCAUGUAGCAGAGAUGGCACAAGAAGAUAGCCGUCGUGGUCAAGUGCCAUCUACCUUUUAUCAUGGUGCCAACCAAGAACUUGACCUGUCCACCAAAGUGUACAAAAGGGAAUCAGGAAGUCCUUAUUCUGUGUUAGUGGACACCAAGAUGAGCAAACCACAUCUCCACGAAACAGAGGAACAGCCAUAUUUCAGAGAGACAAGAUCAGUGUCCGACGUGCAUGCUGUUAAAGAAGACCAGGAGAAUUCUGAUGACACAGAAGAGGAGGAGGAUGAAGAAGUUUCUUACAAAAGGGAGCAGAUCAUAGUGGAGGUAAACCUUAAUAAUCAAACAUUAAAUGUAUCUAAAGGGGAAAAGGGUGUCUCUCCUCAGUCCAAAGAGACUCCUGUUCUUAAGACAAGCAGUGAGGACGAAGAGGAAGAGAGUGAGGAAGAUGCCACAGAUGACAGCAAUGACUAUGGAGAGAAUGAAAGGCAGAAGAAAAAGGAGAAGACAGUGGAGACGGUCAGCGUUGCACAAAGGAGAACGAGGAGGGCGGCCUCUGUGGCUGCAGCUACCGCUUCCCCUACUCCCAGAACAACAAGAGGUCGUAGGAAGAGUGUAGAGCCACCUAAGCGUAAGAAACGGGCCACAAAGGAGCCCAAAGCACCAGUCCAGAAAGCUAAGUGUGAAGAGAAAGAGACUCUGACCUGUGAGAAGUGCCCCAGGGUGUUUAAUACUCGCUGGUACCUGGAGAAGCACAUGAACGUUACUCAUAGGCGCAUGCAGAUUUGUGAUAAAUGUGGCAAGAAGUUUGUCCUGGAAAGUGAGCUGUCCCUUCACCAGCAAACAGACUGUGAAAAAAAUAUUCAGUGUGUUUCCUGUAACAAAUCCUUCAAGAAACUCUGGUCCCUUCAUGAGCAUAUCAAGAUCGUCCAUGGUUAUGCAGAAAAGAAAUUUUCUUGUGAAAUUUGUGAGAAGAAAUUCUAUACCAUGGCUCAUGUGCGGAAACACAUGGUUGCACACACAAAAGACAUGCCAUUUACAUGUGAAACCUGUGGGAAAUCAUUCAAACGCAGUAUGUCACUCAAGGUGCACUCCUUGCAGCAUUCUGGAGAGAAGCCCUUCAGAUGCGAGAACUGUGAUGAAAGGUUUCAGUACAAGUACCAGCUGCGCUCCCACAUGAGCAUCCACAUUGGGCACAAACAGUUUAUGUGCCAGUGGUGCGGCAAGGAUUUCAACAUGAAGCAGUACUUCGACGAACACAUGAAAACACACACUGGAGAGAAACCCUUUAUCUGUGAAAUCUGUGGCAAAAGCUUCACCAGCCGCCCUAACAUGAAGAGGCACCGCAGAACUCACACAGGCGAGAAGCCCUAUCCAUGUGAUGUAUGUGGCCAGCGGUUUCGCUUCUCCAACAUGCUUAAGGCCCACAAGGAGAAGUGCUUUCGGGUGACCAGCCCUGUGAAUGUGCCGCCUGCUGUCCAGAUCCCACUUACAACUUCCCCUGCCACCCCAGUUCCUUCUGUGGUGAAUACACCCACAACCCCAACCCCUCCAGUUAAUAUGAAUCCUGUAAGCACUCUUCCCCCUCGUCCUAUCCCCCACCCCUUCUCACACCUUCACAUCCACCCACACCCUCACCACCCACACCACCUUCCCAUCCCUCCAGUCCCACACCUCCCUCCACCUCCAGCUCUCUUUAAGAGCGAGCCUUUAAAUCAUAGAGGCCAGAGUGAGGACAACUUUCUGCGGCACCUGGCAGAGAAGAACAGUUCAGCACAGCAUCAUUAA